AAACAGAUCCAAGAAAGCAAGCUUCUGCAGUACCUUGAGUUUUAACCAAAUGAUUUUUCCUUGAUGAUUGUUCUGUGAAUUGUUUGGAUUUUUUCACAAAUUUUGGCUGCAGUGGAAUUUUUGUCUCUUAUUUUGGGAAUUUAAAUUGAAAUCAAGUGACCAAGUUGGAUAUUUUACCAGUUGCUUUUACAAACAAUAUCUGGUCGCCAUAGAAACCCCAGUGACCUUCGCUACCCAGGCAGCAGUGACCUUUCAAGCUAUACUAGCUCCACAUACAGUGACCGAUAUAAUCAUGGUUACCAACAUGACUACUCAAGGGACCCUUAUGCCUCCUACCCAUCACUGAGAAACCCUGACCUUUACCCUGAUGCUGGUAGCAUGUCAAAGUACACAAGGAGUUAUGACAUCACCAACAGAAACUAUGACAACACAACAUCUAGUCCCAGGUUUUUUGACCGUGAUAAAUUUGACAAACCUGGUGAUGUAGCGCCAUUUGAGUUUGGGGUCCAUUACACCAGAUCUCCAGAUGUGAGCACAAAAACCCAUGAUGUCAUCGGAAGAAGCUAUGACAGGAGCACAAAUAUUGAUGAUGUCACAACUCGCAGAUCCCCUGCUAGAAGCCUCAGUGACCGGGCAGCUGGGGCCAGACAUUCUUUGGAGGCCCCGAUAGACAGAAGUCCAGUUGAUCGAGGCCCCACCCCCACAGAGAGGGGCCCACCUGGGGAGAGACCAUCGGAGAGGAUCCGACAGAGGGUCAACUCUGGUGAUUCAGCUAGUAGUCACUCCUCAGAUCGUUCAACUGGACAAGAGGAUAGGUCCCUUUUCAAUGCCUUGAAGCACCGUUACAAAGAAUCAGCUGAGAAACAGUAUGAUGAUACAUCAAUGCGGGCACCAUUUUCGUCAUGGCGACGGAGCGGAAACUUCGAAGAUGCAACUGCAGCUUCUAGCCUUCAAGAUCAUCACAGAGAUAAGGUAGCUCUUGAAGGUCAAUCAAGCAGAAUGGGGAACGAGCGAGACUCUUGGAAACGUGAUUCGUACAAAGAAGGUCAAGGGUCAAGGUCAUCUCAGCCUGGUGGCAAGUCUGAGGUCAAGAUCGCUGGGGCGGCAGGGGAUGAACAAUCAGGGGACUUAAGUACUGAUGACCUGAUUUUUAACUUUCGACAGGCGCUUCGUCGCCAUGCACUUUCGGAAAGCGAGAGAGCCGGAGAGAGUAAGACGCCAUCAAGUGUUGGGCAGUCACCAGCCACAAUUGUGGAAAAACCAUCUGAAAGCAGUGAAGAUGACCCUGCUGCCCAGAAGCUAGAGCGGUUAAGAGCUGCAAGAGCUAGAAUAGCUGAGCAACGUAAAUCAGAGAAAGUUGGCUCUCAGGCUUUCGCCACUGAGUUUAAGGUUGAAAAACAACAAGAGAAACCAGAGAAAUCCAAACUGUCACAUUAUGGAUCCGCUAGUAGUGCUUCUCAGAAGUUUGAGACAGAAAAAGAGAUUGAAACUAAGCUUGAUGACCAGAAGCACAGGCAGUCUACAAAACUUGGAAGGCAGAAGUUGGUUUCUGAUGAUCACAAAACAAAGUUUAUGGAAGCUAGGAAAGAUGAGACAGAAAAAGAUAAGGACACAAAACAUUUUAGUGAUGACUCUGUGAAUAAGAAAAGAAACAGCAGAAAGGAAAAGCAUAGUGAGCAUUUGGAAAAUCAAUCUAAAGAUAAGCAAAUAGAUAAAGAUCAGAAAGUUUCGGAUCAUAAAACUAAAGCAGAGAGUGAAUCAGUGCCAUCGAUGGAAGAAAUGCUUCUUGGUUCCACAAGACAUUCAAGGCCUUCUUCAAUGGCCAAAAAGUUUGAAAGAGUUGAUCAUUCAUCCCCAUUUGGUUCAGUCUACACUGCUAAACCUGCUCCUCAGGCUGUAAGUAAACCUGCUGAGAUUAAACAAGAAACAGUGGACAAAGUGGAAACAAAGGUUGAGGAUAUUAUUGAAACACCGAAGGCAAAAGUUAUGGGUAAGACUGAAAGAAAGUAUAAGAAAUAUGCAAAGGCAAAAUCUCUUGAACUAGGUGCUUUAUCUAAUAAAACUAGAGAGAAAAGUCCUGAUGAGAAUUUUAAAGAUAACUCAACUCCUCUUGCUAAUAUAAACUUUGAAGAAUUAUCUCAAAUGUCUAGACAAGAAAGAAUUGUCAAGUAUAAGGAAGAUCGAAAAAAGCAGCUGGAAGCCAUGCAGAAAAGAUUUGCAGGUGAACAAUCUGAAUUGCCUUCUUUGUUUUUAUCAAGCAAAUCUCCAAGUAGGGACACAGACUCUCAAGUAGCUAGAUCAAAAAGCAUGAAAGUUGGUUCAGAAAAGAAAUCUGAUGCUUCAAGUGUUUCAAGGUCAAAAAGUUACAAGGAAGAAAAAGACACAAGUAGUGACUUCUCUGAAGCUUCUGGACAUAAUGUAAGAGAUGUUCCAAAAAUGUCUGGUUUGAGAUUAGCUGAAUUGGGUGCUCAAGUUAAACAUGAUAAACAUGAAAAUGAAAUAUAUGAUACAGAUGAUAAGAGGUAUAAACCGGAAAGUGUUAUAGAUAAAAUACAUGCUAUAAGAGAUCUGAAAAUUGGACAACAUGACCAGGCAUUAUCUUCAAGGGAGCAAUCCCCAGUCAGAACUGAUUCUAGUUUAGAAAGAGAUGUGGUUUCACAAGGAACUUACACUAGUAGAACUGCACUUGCUGAAAGAGCUAUGGGAGGACAUUAUAAGGGUAGAGAAUCACCCUCAAGAGACAGAUCUGAUUUAAGGUACAAGCCAAGUGAAAGUCCAAGAUAUGGAUUUACUGAUAAAACCAGAGAUGGAAAUGCUUCAGAUAGUAGUGAAGCAUCUAGUAUAGCAUUGAAGUCGAGGAUAUUUAGUGAUAAGGAUGAAGGUACAAUGUCAAAGGCUAAAGAACCUGAAAGAAAAAGUUACUUUGAAUUUGGAACUGUAUUUUCUAAAAAAGAACCACCAAAGAAAGACACUGAAACAAGUGCAAGUCAAGUUAAAGAAUUAAAAAUGGCUGAAGAAGUAAGUAAAGCUCCUGAAGUGGAAAGAGUUAUAAGUGACUCAUUAACUAGAGCAAGAAGAAAAUUACCAUCUGUUGAAGAUGUUCUAGGUACUGGAAAAGCUGAACAGAUGGACUCUUUUAAAGAUGUCGAAAGAAAGGAAUUUGAUGUUGUUUAUGAAAGUGAUUCUUCAGUUAAGUCUGGAUUAUCCAGAGAAGAUAUUGAGCAGCUUACAGCAAAACAAAUUCAAAGUAGUAAGAUAAAGUCAAACAUUGAAAAAGCUAAGUCGAGGUUUAAAGAUGAAGAUAAAUCAAGUGUAGUGGAUCCCAGUAGGUUUGAAUUAGGAACUGUUUAUACUGGGAAGAAAGAAUCUAAAUCAAUGCAAGAAAGCUCAAAGGAUAAAUCUGUCUCAUAUAAACACACUAAACCAACAAUGCAGGACAUGCUAGGUGUAAAUAGGGAGCCAACAGAAAAUAUUGCAUCAGAAUCUGAAUCAAUUAAAACUACAGCAAAACAAACUGUGUCCACAGUAAGAGAUGAAACUAAAAAUCAAAUAGAAGAGAGGGACAAAAAGAGAACUGAAGACAAAACUGUAACAAAACCCCCUUCAUCGCCACGAAGUGAUAGAAAGAUAGCAACAUUAUCCCCAAGAGUUGAGAGAAAGAAAGCAUCUGAACAGAAAUUUGGAAAAGUUUCAUACAGAUCUGAUGAUCAGAAACCUUUCGAGUUUGGCACAAGUUACAUUAAGAAAGAAACAACUGUUCCUCCAAAAAGCCAAGUAAAAGCAACAGAAAGUAAAAUAAUUGAGUCAGAAAAAGAAGCAACACAAUCAGUUGUACCUGAUCAAAAGAUAAAUGAUUUGGGUGUAAAGGUGGAUUCUGUCAGGUCUACAAAUACAUCAUCAAUACAGCUGAAAUCCCCCAAAUCUAUUGAUAAAGAUGAUAAAUCACAAUCUUUGGAAAAACAAAGGAUUCUUGAGUCACCUGUAAAAUCCAAGUCAGAAACACCAUUUACUUUUGACAUCAAGGCGAAAUCUUUAUUAACUGCUACUGGCAAACAAACAGAAAUGCCACAAUCUCCAAAACAAUCUAGCAUAAUAUCUCCAACAAAAACUGUCACUGAACCUAUGAAAAUUGUUUCCUCCUCAUCCACUGUUGUUUCUUCAACUGCUAGAGGAGUGUCGCCAGUCAGAAAAUUUGAACCAGCAAAGAUAGUAGUAACAUCUAGUUCAAAUGUAACACCAACCACUAAAGCUUUACCUAUUAUCACCAGUACUGUUGCAAGUCCUAAAGCUAUGUCAGUAAAAACUGAAAGUACUUCAUCCAUCAUGCCUCUAACAUCAAUUGAUGUUAAGAAAGACUCUCCUAAACAGGAAAAGUUGAUAGCUACUACAGAACAGAAGCAACCAGAAAGGCAAAAGUCCUCUGGUGUGUUUGAAAUUAAGACUUCCACUAAGGUGGUGGAGAAAAAUGUUGAGGAAAGGCCUAAAGUUGAAACAUCAUCCAAAACAGUCACUUCUCAAUAUGUUAAGACUGUAGACAGAGCAGAAACUCAUAGUGAAAUUAAGCCUUAUCAUCAAAAAACAUCUGAUACCAAAGUCACUGAGCAGAUCAUGAAAAAACCUGUUGAAACUAGGAAGCAAAUAAGUGAUGACAAUGAAAGCAUGAAAAGAAAAGACAGUAUUGAUAAAGAUAGUGAAAGCAGAAAACAUGAAGAAAAAGACUUAGCUAAAGAAGAAGAUAAGCAUGAAAAAUCAGAACACCAUGAACCUAAGCCAAGAAGAGAAAGAGUAAGAACUGAACCUGAGCUAAGCAAGUUCGAAAUGAUGAAAAGAUCAGUCGCAGCAAAGGUUUUAAUAAAACCACAGCCAAUAGAACCAUAUGAAGAAGAAGAGCAUAAAGAAAGGAGCAAAAAGACUGAGAAAGUUAAACCUGUGAAAAAGAGGGAUGAAAGGAGUAGAAGAGAGAGAAAUGAAAAAGCUAAAGCAAUGACUAAAUUAAAAUCUGGAAGUGUAAUGGAUACUAGUCUGGAUGAUAUUUUAAGCAGGAAUGUGGAUUAUUUAAGUGACAUUGAACCUCCUGAGCAGCCAAGAGGGAGAGGAUUGGACAAGAAAUCUCGGCCUAUGAGUGUGCAUGAACAUCAUAAGACCAAGAGAACGUUCAAGAAGAAAGUGGAUUCCAGGCGAAGCAAGUCUGAAGACCGGUCACAUUUUAAGGUGGAAUAUUCAGACGAAGAUGAGGAGGAAGACGAGGCCCCAAGGUCAAAGGUCACAGAGGACAUUCCUGUAGGAAAGGUCAAGGUCAAACGACUACUACCACUUGGUCAUGGGACACAACUCUUAUCUGAUGAGCACAAUGAAAGCUUCAAUAUACAGCGUAAAUCUUCAUCAUCAUCCUCUUCAUCUGCAACAGCAGCAACAGCAGGUGGUUAUCAUACACGAGCCAACCAUCCAGAUGAUGUAGAUCAGACUGGAAAACCAGUCUCUGAGGAGCUUGAAAAGGCAGACAAGCAUUCAGGUGAUUCAGAUCAGACUGGUUUUAUUGAAUCUACUCGAUUAGCAGAGCAAAAUAAAAACCAGUCUGGAAGAUGGAGAGAUUCGGCUUCAGUUUCGGAAUUUUUUUACAGCGAUCCUAUUCAACAGGAGGCGUUAGAUAGUGUGUCAGAACUGAGCCAUUCGGAAAUUGCAAGUGGCGUUACCUCCGACACAUCUGAAAUGUCAGACCGUCGGAGGUUUAUAUCUCGCGGAGAGGAAGGCCCAAGGGUGUCAGACAGCGAUCAGAGCGUUACGUCGUCUUCGGUGGCUAGUGACGGUGGACGUAAACGACGGAAAGACAAAAGCUCUAUGCGGAAAUCAAAGCUGAACGAAUCUGCUGAUGAUGCUUCAUUAUCCAGUCGGCGAGCUGACAGCGCGUCUGACGACAGUUUACAUACAGCACGUGUUGGUGUACGAAGAGUCUCGUCAUCUCGGCUCGCACGGGAAAAUCGGACAGACUCUCGGAGCUCACAGGAUAAAGAGGUUAAUGCAGUUUUACAGAGGCAUGAUUUAGCACAUUCUCUGAGACUAAAUCACUUAAACCAGUCUGCCAGAGACAAUAAUAACCAGUCUGCUGACAAGCCUCUGGAUAACUCUGAUCACAGCAAGCAUCUAAGUCAUCCAGACUCACCCCGAUUGGGCAAUAAGUCUGUUAUCGACUCGGUUUUGCCGUCCCGAUUUGCACUUCCGUCAAAAGUCUCAACUGCAAUCUCACGUCUGUGCGAAGCCAGUGAAAAAGAGGUCGCGCCAGUUGCUAAGAAACCGGAAGAGGCCUCUCGACCAAUACGUCGUGGAAACAACUUCUCACAGCUGUUACAAAAGUUCUCCAGCUCAGAAGCAUCAGGGUCUGAAAAAUCAGACUCAGAAUCGCCAAGAGCGAGAAAAGUGUUGUUGAAGAGACAAGAGGCCUGUUCACUAAGUAGCUCCAGCAGUGAAAGCACACGGAGAACACCUGAACGAACACAGAGUCUUAAACUACGUAACCAGCCUGAACUUACUCCACAGCAAAAUAUGGAUAACUCUGUACAACGAUCGUCAAGCUUUAGAUCGUCUUUUAUGCAACGCAGGUUCAGCCCUGAACCAGACGAGAGACGUCGUCUGCCUGCAACACCCGUUAGCCAAGAACAACAAGAUGAUAAACCCUCCCCUGAACUCGCCAAAGUUCUAAACAAGCGGAGCGAGAUUGUCACUAAGCAACAAGAAGCCAGUGAAGAUGUGGAUCGUCGUAAAAUCCACGAUGGUCGAGUUGAGCAUGCUGAUCGAUUUUCUGCCGCACGUGAUGAUGAAGUGAUCGCGGAUAAGGAAGUUUUACAAAUGUUACGAAAUCGGAGAAAAGAAACAGAUUCUAGUUUGUCUGUCUCUGACAGUGAUUCAAAGUCUCACACAGAUACAAAUAAAUCAGCUAAACAGUCUAAAAGUGUUUUGAAUAAGACUGAGGCAAUUUCAGAUAUCUCUAAAACCCCAAAAAGUGCCAUAUCUCGAAGACUAAAUUCACAAUCAUCUGAGGAAAGACAGAAAUAUAGAUCUGAAAAACUUAAAACUGCCGUCACGGGUGCCAAAUAUUCAGAAAAAUCUCAAGUGCCCAGACUUGAUCUCACUUCGAUUGACACAAGUCUAAAUGUGCUUAAAACUGUUACUGAUGACUUAGAAGCAAGGGAUGAGGUAAAGGCUAAGACUUCUGUGCAAGGUGGAAAAUUUACAUCAGAAUUAUCUCAUAUUAAUGUCACAUCUCCGACACAAGUUGUGCAAUUUAUCAAAUCUGUAGAAAAAGACAACCAAGAUUCAUCUGUGAAUACAUCUGAACCAAGUAAAGGUAAUGAUACGGAAAAGAUUGAAGUGUUCAGUGUUCCAAAACAAGAAAUAAUAGUUAAAUCCUCUAGUAUAGAAGUUGAGAGUAAGAAUACUGCCAAUCAACAAAGGGGCGCAAUCAAUAUUAAUAAUAAGUCGGAAAUAAUGCGGAAAAUCUCGACAAGGGACAGAACUCCUGAGAGACAAGUGCAGAAAAGGACGGGACCGAUGAAAGUUAUGUCUCCUUUAAAUACAGAGGGAACAAAAACGGGCCUCACAAGAACUGAAUCGAUGGGCCGCACCGAGUCAGAAAGACCGAAAGGAAUAUUGAAACGAACGCCAUCUCUGAAGACAACAGGCUCCAUGCACGUGGAUCCUGAACUGGCGGAGGUGUUGCGAUCUCGUCGAGAGCAACAGGAGGGUGUGGCAGAAGAAGACGAUGACGGAUUGAAACUCACUGCUGAGGAAGAGAUUCGCAAGGCUAGAGAAGAGGCACAAGAUGCUGAGUCUACGCCGGAGCGAGAGUUGUCAGUGGCAGAGCGCGUGUUUCAGAUGCACAACAAGAUAGAAGAGGUUCGAUCGUGUCCGAUAACUCCUAGAGCAUUUUCUGGUUUCUCGACCCCGAAGGCUCUACUGCAGCGAUCAGGAACCAUAACUCCUAAAAACCAGUCAAGUAUUGACGAGGAAAACCAGAACAAGUCGAGUUUGUCCGGUCCCCAGCUUAUCGAGCGGUUAUCCAGUCUUGAGGGGCGACAGUCUGACCUUGCGGAGAAAAGGUCACGAUUUCAGCAGCGACGUCGUCGUGACGAUUGUAGAACACGAACACAGCCUGUCACGCUUCAGGAGAUUCAGAUUUGUGACAGCCUAGAAACAGUCAUAAAGUUCCGAUCAGAAGUAAUACAAAAGUCUUCGAUCAACGUCUUUGAAUCUCUCCAACACCCAGAGAGCAAAGCUGUUCCAUUGAAAAAGACAGAGUUUCCACAACACGUUCCACCUCGCGAUCGCCGAAGCCGAAAUCAGCGACACAAGACACUUCCUGUUACUGCUGCGGAACUCGGGGCCAUCCCUGAGGGUCAAGUUUCGGAGACGAUGAAUUCAUUGAAGAAAAAGUUUGAAAAUUUCGGAGCAGGUAGAGACUCCAAAGCAGAUUCGGGAAUUUUAAGCGGUUCCGAGGUCGAUCAUUUGGAACGUGAAAGUGAAAGUUGGCGUAGUCUUAGCGUUGAGGAAAAUAUUGGUGAAGAUGACCCGGUUAAACUUAGUGUUUCUGCUAAGGCUUCAUUGUUUCAUACUAAGAUCGAGGAAUCGGUUAAAAAACCUUCAGCAAGCGGUGCUAAGAGAUAUAUCGAUCGUAAAAAGCGGGAAAGAUCUCGAACAUUGCCGAUUACAGAGGACGAGGUCAAACUUGCAGCGGAAAUUGCAGAUAAUGAAGAAAAGGAAGAGCAAGAAAAGAAGGCAGCGGAAUCAGGAAUUGUUGCCUUGGCAACAGAAGAAGGCAAUGAGCAAACAGAUGAGCUUGUGAGACAAAGUCUAGCAGAUAAGGUUAAGUUGUUCACGACGAUAGAAGAAGAGAAAAAAGAGGCUGCGAGAAAGAAAGGCGUACUUCCACCUCCAAGACGUAAAAACAGAAAACAGGCGUCACGCUUUGCAACUCAGCCGGUUACAUAUGAAGAAGUUGAAAAGGCCGCCAAGAUCUCACCACUAGCGUGUAGUCUCGUCAAACCACCCGACCCAGAGAUUCUAUCCGGGCUUUCAGUUAAGGCGCAACGGGACCUUAUCGCCCAACAUGCUGCUCAAACCCUUUCCCAACCGAGCUCCCGAGCGGGGUCCCGAACACCAUCAAGAGCUACGUCGAUAUCAGACCUAAGUGGGGAGAUUAUACAGCAAGAUACUCUAACAGCCUCAAACACAGAUCAGAACAGAAACUUUAAUGCCAUUGACACCGGCGCAUCACCUGACAGUGUUAAACCCUCCAGUGUAAAGACUCGCGGAUUUGAACCAGUCAAAUCUGAAGAGUCCAUAAAAACUCCUGAAAAAGAGAAAAUCACAACCAGUCUACUGGACUCAAGUAAAAAGAAUGUGCUGAAGUCUCAAUUAGAGGAAAAAUUAUCAUUAUUUCAUAGAAAACCAGGCGGCGAUUCUGUUAUGAGUGUUAGUGAUAUAAAUAAAGCAUUAAAGAAGGCCCCACCCCCUGAUGAAGAAGUGAGUGUAUCAGAAGAGGCAGAGCAGGUGGUCGUUACCGUGGAAACGGUAGAGGUCAAGAGCAUUCUGAAGAAGGAGGGGAGUUUUGAGACAAGGAAGAUGGAUACUGUGAUCUCACAAAUAUCUAGUGCAAUAGGUCCAAGAAAGGAGGCGUCCCCAGUUACGGAGAGUGAAGAAAAUACGACCGAGGGCGUUGAAUCAUCAGGAGAUAACCUCGACAGUGAUGACGCAAUUCUUGACGGUACCUCGGCUCGAGUUUACAAGGACACCCCAAAUCGACGUAGCAGCAAAUCUCGACGUCGUUUUAAUCGGGAUCGAAAUUUGGAACAGGAGAGAUACAAAACGCAGCCUUCCGAGACAUCAGGGUCAGUUGAUGAAACUGAGGCGAGCCAUGUUAAAAAGAAAUAUAUGGGUCGUCACUUUACGCAGCCGGUCACCCCAGAUGAGAAAAAGAACGCAGAGAUCAUCACUGACAUGCCGGAAGUCCAGAAGUCUGGGUCCAUACAUGACAGAUUAAAUGCCCUUAAAAAGAGUGGUGACGAAGAAUGGAAGAAGCGUGUUUCUCGUCCUCUGGAGUUGGACAAACUGGAUCGACGAUCAACAAGUCCAGAAACCCCAGUAGCUAUAGUUAAGAUGCGGGAAAAGACGGGCAGUGGUGUACCUCGGCCGUCAAGUAUUGCCGAUCGUUUGUCAUCGUUGACAGGCUCACAGGACGGAUGGAGAGAUCGUGUGGGAGAAACGGACGUGAAGAAAUUCACAGUGGAGCAUAAAUUAUCAUCCUCGGGUCAGACUGUUAAUGAAAGUCCCCUGGUUUCCAGAUUACGCGGAAAAGGCCUUAGAAAAGAGUUAAGUAAAGAUAGUGACCCAGGUUCACCCGGGCUUUUGUCCCCGUCAAGCCCGACAAAGCCCACACCCCGAGAGGUCACAUGUCCUGACCUCCCGCCCGAAUUGAUCGCCCCCGAGGAGACCCAUUCACCAUUGGCCCGGAUCCCAUCCCAAGAGGAAGAUGACAAGUCUGGUACCAGUGUAAUGGUACCCACCAUUGGCGAUGAAGUGGAUAAGUUCUUCUUGAAGUCAGAUGAUGUACAGGGACCCAGAGAAGCGCUGAAUGUCUCAGUAGAUGAUUUUAAUGAGCUUUUCCUGGAAGCAAACGACAUGCUUGAGAGCACACGUCGUGUAAAACCAAAGCGUCGCCACAAUCCAAAGAGCCGAAAUCCUCUCAGGACGAUGUCGGCAAACCUGGAGGUUCGCUCGGAAUACACGGAAAUCAUCACUGGGGUGGCAGAAAGGGAAUUGAAGAGCGUUAAAGUAGCAGCCAUCCAGCAGAACUCGGGAUUUGCCGUGGAGGCUCUAGCGGGUCUAGCCAGCAAGGAAAACUUCUCCAAAGUGGAGCUACGCAAAACAGACUCCAAUGGCUCAACCACCGCAGGGAACGUUAGAAUGGAUCCCUACCUUCCUAUAAUGCUCUUACAUAUUAAAGGCCGUAGAAAAGUGCAAUGUCGUCUCGUUGAACCAAAUGCGUCGUCCAUAAACAGUGGAGACUGUUUUGUGCUGGUAACGUCAGACCGGAUUAUCCAGUGGAUUGGAGAUUAUUGUAAUGUCAUAGAAAAAGCCAAGGCAGCAGAUGUCUGUGAUUUCAUCAAGCAGAAACGUGAUAUGGGUUGUAAGUCUGCGAGGGAAGUAACAACGAUCGAGGAGAAGCGUGGUAACCUCGGAAAUGCCCGACACUUUUGGGAGAUCAUUGGUGGACACAAACCUUACAUGUCAUGUGGUCCUACUGAAGAAGAUGAGCUUUAUGAAAACCACAUAGUGGGGACCAACAUGGUGUAUCAACUGGAGGGUACUCGUCUCGUCCCCAUGGAAGAGUACUGGGGUAAUCCGCCCAAAUAUGAAAUGCUCACUCCUGAUCAAGUCUACGUAUUUGACUUUGGAACAGAGCUUUACCUCUGGCAAGGAAAGUCAGCAACCCCUAACCAACGAAAGAUCUCAGUAAAACUUGCCCAACAGUUGUGGACGCAAGGAUACGAUUAUACCAGCUGUGAGAUUAAUCCACUCUCACCUCUUAUAGAUGAGGAUGAAGGUGGCUUGCCAAGGAAAGCCGAUUCUCGUCCUGACUGGGCCCUGUUUGGCAAAGUGAACCAAAAUAUGGAAACCAUCCUGUUUAGAGAGAAGUUUUCUGAUUGGCCAGACACUUCACGCUUUAUAAAGGUCAAAGGUCCGGAAGAGGUCAAUCCAACUAAGUUUGACCUUGCUGAUCUCAAACCAUAUGAUGCCAAAGAAAUGGUUGCCGUGAAUACCAGUCCUGUGUCCUUGAUGCUAGAAGGGUCACAUGUUGGCAGGGGAGAUAAAUGGGAGCAAGAUAUGGAAGGCUUUAUGCGUGAGGUCUGCAUCGAGACUUUAAAGGUUCGUGUAUGGCACGUUCUGGAAUACGAUCACAGCGAGAGCGAGCCUCACUCGUUCGGCCAAUUCCAUGAAGGAGAUACUUACGUUAUACGAUGGCAGUAUAUGAUAGUUAAUGCUGGCAUGAAGAAUCUGAAAGGUCAAGCGUCCAAAUUUUCCACAGCGGGACGGGAGAGGUGCGCGUAUUUCUUCUGGCAAGGGAAAUCCUCCACUAUCAACGAGAAAGGGGCAUCAGCUCUCAUGACUGUGGAACUGGAUGAGGAGAGGGGGCCUCAGGUACGUGUGACCGAAGGAAAAGAGCCCGCUUGUUUCCUGAACCUGUUUAAAGGUCGUAUGAUGAUCCACAUCGGUAAACGUGAGGAGGAAGACACAAAUACUCAAGGGCCGUGGAGAAUGUACUGUAUACGCAACGAAUAUGAGAACGAAAUGUGCCUUAUUGAGAUUCCGAAAGAAAUCAACAAUCUCCGUAGUGUAUCGUCUUGUCUCUUCCUGAAUGUCGUCACUGGUGCGCUGACAGUGUGGCACGGUUGUAAGUCACCCGAACAUGUCCGCAUUCUUGCUGGAAAGGCCGCUAAAAACCUUCAAGAAAGGUGCCCGAUGGAGGUCGGUCUCCACGAGGGGGUUAAAAUAUCGAUAUCGGAGGUUGACGAGGGGCGGGAAAGACUCAACUUCUGGAGAAUGUUGAAUGUCCAUAUGGAUGAUCGCUCCAAGUACCACUGCUUAAUGGAUAACCCAGAGUCAUUCAGUCAUACUCUACGUCUGUUCCACAUGACGAGUGUCUCAGGCGUGUUUGAGGCCCACGAGAUAAUGAACCCCUCCCGUGCGCCGGACCUUCCAACACGGUUUCCCAUGCUGCAGACAGACUUGUACACCGCACAACAACCAGCUUUGUUCCUCGUAGAUAACGGACAUGAAGUCUUCCUCUGGCAGGGUUGGUGGCCGGAAGGAGAUGAAGAUGUAGAAAAUGUGCACACAGGAUCCGCGCAGACGAGAUUCUCCGUGGAUAGACGCUGCGCCAUGGAAACCACACUGGAGUACUGUAAAGAAAUUGAUUCUACCAAUCCACCCCCAGCAUAUCUGGUGUAUGGGGGGCUUGAGCCACUGGCGUUUACAAACCUGUUCCCAUUCUGGACUGUCGCGGAAAAUGUUCGGGAAAUUAACCUAAGGCUUGCUAUUGAUCAAGAUUGCAACCUAAAGAUCAAACACCAGGAUGGAAGAACCGAAGGAGAGCUUAUUCUUGUGGCUAACGAAUUAAAGAAAAUCACUAAGACUCGAUACACUUUCCAGGAACUUCUGGAGACACCAUUGCCAGAGGGAGUUGACCCUCUCAAGCUGGAGUCCUAUCUUUCUGAUGAGGAAUUUGAGUCUGUUUUGGAUAUGACCCGUGAUGAAUUCUACGCCCUGCCUGCCUGGAAACAGUCCAAGAUGAAACAACAAUGUGGUCUCUACUGAGUAAAGAUGGCAGCUCAACCACCUUAAAUUUCCUAGCUUAUUAAUCGCCAUAGCAACACAGACAUGUGCUAUGUAAAUGGUUAUAAUUAUCCAUUGGAACCCAGGGUCAUGCCUUCCCCUUCAUGAGGACCAGCAAUCUCGAUGGCUGCAAUUGUCCAUGGCAACUAAACAACCUGACCAUUCCAUGGUUAAGAUUGUCCCUGGCAACUCAAAAACAUGAAAUUUCCAUUACAACCAAAACCCCGGUUUUUAAUGAAUCACCAUAGCAUCUCUCAUCCAUGGUAACAAUGGUCUAUGCCAACCAUCUCCAUGGUUACCGUUGUCCAUGGCAACGAUAUUACCUACAGUAUGCAAGAAUCCUACCCAAGCUGUUUGUAAAAGAUAGUGUUGGCUCUCGUGGAAAAAUUGCAACCACUUAAACAUGAUGGCAACCAGACAUUGAGUAACCAUAGCAACCAAAAUAUGUGAUUUUGUGCUCUAUGAUAUGAUAUUUCAAAUAUGGAUUCCAUCUUGAGCACUGCUCGCUGAAAAAAGUGCUUCUCCUCUUAAGCAUCAUAGCAAUUGGGCACUGAUUUACCAUAAGCAAUCUGUGUUUUUGUGUUUUAGGGCCUUACAAUAUGUAAGAUAUCGCUACCACCUUAACAUAGCAACUCUGGUUGAAAAGAUGCAUUUCCACUAAAGGAACAUAACAACCAGGCAAUGAAUAACCAUAGCAACCAGAAUGUGUUUGUUGGUGCUUUAUGAAAUGUUAACACCAAGAAUCCAGCUUGACAUUGCAACACUUCAUGACAUUUCACCAUGGCAAAAAAACUAUUUAUUCGUGGUUGAACAUAUCAUGACAUGUGACUGUCUUCUGCUAUCUACUGUGAAUGAGCCAUUCAAGUGAUUUUGAAAGAUUAUAGAAAGUGUCUGGAUGUUUACUGUUUGAAUCAUAUCCAUGAUACAUUUAUAAGGCUUAAACUCAUUUUACUUAAAACAUUGGAGACAUAUCAUAUAGAAAUGCGUAUAUAAUGAUACAUAACAUGUUAUCUUGUCUGUUAUAGACACAUUGUUGGGUGUUGUUGAAUGUUCCACUUCUAGAGACUCGUAUUUGGAUAGUGUUGUUCGACGUGUACGUUUCAUUUGUUGAGACUUUAUCCCCUUAUUCAUUCGUUAAGGACACAGAAUCACUUACCAGAUUUAUUGUCAAAGUAGAUGUACAGAUCCCUGGUCUUGUGCAUGUACAAUAUUCGUUGAUGCAAUAUAUUUGUUUUUCUGUAUGCUUGAUAUAUGUGUGCAUUGUCUUGUUGAAUUAAUAUUGAUACUGAUACAUCUUCGCAAUUUGUACAUAGUGCCUUGGCUAAUUGAAUUGUGCUUUUGUAAUAUCUACUCAAUUAAAACUUAUAUACUGACAACUGUUAAUGAACAUUGUACAUAAUGUUAUAGAUUAUAUAUAUAUAUUUAUAUAGUUUUGAGUGACUUGUUAGUCUGUCUGGCAAAUAUGUUUUUUUAUAUAUGAAUACUACCCAACUGAUAAAUAUCUUCAAUAUUUCAGUUUUCUGUUACUAUUUGUGCUGUGUUCAGACGUUUGUAGGUUUAUCUGUAUGAACAGUUAUUUCUUAAUAUUUAUUACUCCGUAGGUUUACUGUCAUGUAUAGUGCUUUAUGUUCAUUAUUUAAUCCAGCUGAGUUUAUUUUCAUUAUCCAUGUACAGUGUAUAGAUAAACCACUUGAAAAUGAAUGUACAGUAUUUAAUAUCAUGCCAGCUUAUAACUAGCCAACCAUGUUGAUUUCAUCUUCCAUGAUGUAAUAAAACCAAAAAAAACGACUAGAGAUA